AUGAUGCUGAGCUUGGCUUCUGGAGGAUGGAGGUCUGACAGAACUCUGCUGUUGGACUCUGACGUGUCCUGCUUGGUUGCCAUGUCUGCAGUGCUGGUGCUGAGUGUUGCUGACAGCGGGAGCAGGGAGCUGCUGGCGUACUACCGGUUUCCUGUGGCUCACCUCAGGCCUUUCCAGCACUACCACCUGGAGCUGGUGCAGACACACCCGGCCGCUCCGUCAGGAGUGCGUCUCUACGUCAGCGUGGUGCUUCAGACUAGUGUCCUCCCUAGACAACCCUGCUUCUCCUUCACAGGCUUCGAGGUCUUGCUGGAGGCCAUGUCAAGCCCGCUGAAAAACCCUGCAGGGCCCUUGCUUGCUGUUGCCCGUGUUGUUGCUGAUUUCGACUCAUACAGAGACACCAUACUGCUCCGCACCCCGAGUGUAGCUGGCAUAGCUGUGACCUCGAUACCCUUCCCCGCGCCCCCCAGGUCUGCCUUCUGUGUGCCCCCCAUCAGUGCUCACGGACGCCCACAGGUAUCCCCGGCAGGCUGUCCGCAGGAGAGGCCCGAGUGGAGCCACAGCUUCCUGUUCCUGGGCCGAGACUGUGCCACUGUCUUCACCGGGGGAGCAGCACUGGUGAUGGAGCUCUACCCCACCACCACAGUAAUGAACUCUGUGACUUGGCACCUGCGCAGCCCUGUGGGUUUCUGUGUGGUCUUCCUGGACCAGAGCCUUUACAGGAAGCUGAUGUCAGAGUGGGGACAGAGGGGCGUUAGAGUACCACAGCUCCCCCUGCAGGGCAGCCACCUCCAGACCACUACAGGCUCCACCCCCUCUGUCAGCAUUGUCCUCCGUCUGAUUGGCUCAGAGGCAAACUUGGACCAGGAGCCAAACCCCCUCCAUCGCUCCCCAGACCACCUCACCCUGCCCCUAGUCAACGUGAGUCACCUCUUCCCUGUGGUCCAAUAG